AUGUCCAUCUUCGAGACGCUUAAUGACGACGUGUUGGGACUCAUCCUCCUCCUCAUUUAUCCUCGGGAUGCCCUACACCUUUCCAUGACAUGCCGCGCUGCUUACACCUACGCCCUCCCCCGCGCACUGUCAGAGGUCGUUCUAUUCGGCCCUACGCACCUGGCGGCCUUCUGCUGUUUUCUUUCAGCAAAGCUCACCGGGCGCGCACAGCACCUACGCGCUCUCACGAUCCAUGCACGCCGGCCCAAGAGCUCAGACGACUGCGUAGUGCUCAAUGAUACUUCGGAUUCAGAUUCUAUGUGCCGGGUUCUCUCACACGCCGUGAACCUCAGGCUUGUCGCCAUCCACGACGCAGAAGAUCUAGCAUUGAGCACACCAGCCCUCUUCGAUGGUCUCUCCUCACUCUCUGGCCUUAUCGACGUCUCCUUUUACAAGGCCGGGAUCCGCACUCUCGAGUUCAUGACCAAGUGGUCGAGUCGCCCGCGCCGGGUCAAAAUUCACACAAGCUCAGGAUCAGCAAACGUGGAACUCCUCACCCUCGACCGUAUUCCAUGGGAUUAUCUGCCUAGAUCGGUCGAAGCGCUGUCACUUGUAGAUGGACACAGUCUGUCGCUCAAGCUGGGCAUGUCUCCACGCGACUGGCCAUUGACGCGAUCACUUGAGUUGGGCGGGAUCAUGCACAUAUACGCGCUUUCGCUGGCUUUCCCAAAUGUUGCGCACCUACGCAUCUUGCUGGGCUUUCAGUUCGUCCCCUCUGGGAUUCCUGGGUACGUCUGGCGAGAACUCGAUCACGUCGAGUAUCGUGUCCCCGAAAAACGCCACCUGGGGACUCUAAUAACAUAUCAACCCGCCUUCGAUCGUUUGCCUGUCCGGCGCCUCACGCUCGAACGUCAGCCAUCCAGAAACGGCGACAGUGAACCCUUGUUGCCACUCGGAGGGAUAUCACCUGUGGUGUUAGUGCUCUAUAUCCGUUCCGAGCCCUGUAGACUGUUGGCGGGAGAGAUGGAAGAUCUACGUUUCCUGCAGCUCAUGUUGGUGCACGAGGGGCAAAUACGUCUCGAGGCCACCCAAUGUCAUGUCAUGGGAUUCCUGAGUGAUACGCAGUUGUCCUAUGUCUCGGUAUUCAGCGGUGCUCCUCUCAUUGGCCUUGCGAUAUCUGUCAACGGUUAUGCCAUCAACGUUAUGUGGGAAUUGCGACCCAAGCCUGGUCCCACCCAUGGGACGAGUCACAGAUAUGUCACAAGUGGUUCCGUCUGGUCCCUUCUUCAGAACUUGAAAUACCCAUCCACCGACCGCAGGAGCUCUCGGAGUCAGAAGGAAGGCGGAUUCAUCGUCAACUGCUCGACACCCCUCGAUCCUGAUGACGCCGUGGGCUCUCUCUCGGUUGAGCAACGGACACGAUUAACUUCAAGGACCCGUGAUCCAUACCCGGCGGGACCAAUAACCAAGAACCGUUGGGGAUCCUGGUGA